AUGGCGUUUAUUCGACAGUAUAAGCCCUCCGACUUUGACGGCAUGGCUCACAUUUGCCGCGAAACGCUCAAUCCCGCGCUCGCCUCGUCCGUGCCCGGCCGUCGCCUGGCCCCCUACGUCUGGACGCACCAGUACACGCACCUCUCGCCGUCAACGUGCUUCGUGCUCGACGACGGCGCCGGGCGUCCCGUGGGGUACUGCAUCGGGUGUCCCGACAUUCCCGCCUUCGUGGCCGCGUACGAUUCAUACACGACCGAGGUGCUUGACAACUCCCCGGAUGUGACGCGGCCGCAGGACCUCGAGGCCAAGGAACCGCUGUUUCUCGCCGACGGCAGCGUCAACGAGGUAGUUUUGGAGCGACUGGCGUAUAACCCGCAUCUCCUGCUGGUGGACGGCAACGACGACCUGCUGGCGGAGUACAAGGCGACGAUGCACAUUGAUCUGCUGCCGGAGGUGCAGGGCAAGGGGUGGGGGCGCAAGCUGAUCGAGGCCUUUGUCGGGAGCGUGCGGCACGUCAAGAUGGCGGAUGGGAGCGAGAGUCGGGGGAUCUGGAUUGGCGUUGCGGGGGAUAAUGGCAAGGUCGUGCCGUUUUAUGAGAAGCUUGGGUUUAGGAUCAAGAAGAGGCCGGUGGAGAGUAAGACUUUUCUCAUGGUUUGGGAUUACUGA